AUGCCUAUCCCCGUCCCCAAAGAAAACCGCCUCCUCGACCUCCUUAGCCUCAAGGGCAAGGUUGUUGUCGUGACCGGAGCCUCCGGAGCCCGCGGCAUGGGCAUCGAAGCGGCCCGCGGCUGCGCCGAGAUGGGUGCCGACCUGGCCAUCACAUACGCCUCCCGCCGCGAGGGCGGCGAGAAGAACGCCAAGGAACUCUCAGAAGAAUACGGCGUCAAGGUCAAGCCCUACAAGUGCGACGUGGGCAACUGGGAGAGCGUGGAAACCCUCGUGAAGGACGUUAUCAAGGACUUCGGCAAGAUCGAUGCCUUCAUCGCCAACGCUGGCCGCACAGCCGACAGCGGUAUCCUUGACGGGUCCGUCGAGGAUUGGAACGAAGUCAUCAACACCGAUUUGACCGGUACCUUCCACUGCGCCAAGGCAGUUGGCGCUCACUUCAAGGAGCGUGGAACCGGCAGCUUUGUCAUUACCUCUUCGAUGUCCGGCCACAUUGCCAACUUCCCCCAGGAACAAACCUCAUACAACGUUGCCAAGGCAGGCACAAUUCACCUUGCCCGCUCCCUGGCCAACGAAUGGCGCGACUUUGCCCGCGUGAACAGCAUUUCCCCCGGUUACAUUGACACCGGGUUGUCUGAUUUCGUUGCCAAGGAUGUCCAGGACCUCUGGAACUCUAUGAUCCCCAUGGGUCGCAAUGGUGAUGCCAAGGAACUUAAGGGUGCUUAUGUUUACCUGGUCAGCGAUGCCAGCACUUACAUGACCGGUAACGAUAUGCUCAUUGACGGUGGUUACACCGUGCGGUAA